CCUCCGCCCGCGCCCCCCCCCCCCCCCGCGCAUCGCCACCGCUGCCAGCGAUGGACCCCGCGCCCGAUCCGCUCGCCUUCUCCGCCUCCGCCCCGUUCCCCACCAUCCCGGCCGCCUCGAGCCCCAGGCCCCGCGCCGGGAGGCCGCGGCGCCCCUUCCGUUCCGAUCACCCCGCCGCCGCCUCGAUCCGGCGCUCCGGGCUCGAUAUCUCGCGCCGCCCCGCGGCAUCCGCCUUCGCCCAGCAUGAGGGCUCGCCGUCCGUGGGCUCCUGGGGCGCCUCUCGCGGCGCCAACUUUGUGUUCGGGAGUGGCGCGGCCGGGGCGCCGGAGAUGAGGAGGAGCUUCUCGUCCGGAUCCGGUGAGGCCUUGCUGACCGAUCUCUCGGCUGCAAUUGACGACCUCGUGCUGGAUGACGGUUCCGGCAGGCGAAGCGACGCUGAUGCUCCCGGAGGAGAUGACCCGGCUCCAGUGACGAACGCCAGUGGUCCCUUUUGGACCCGCGGAAGCAAUUCCAGUUUGCAUGAGGGUUUAUUUCCGGACUCUAUUCACGAUCAGACUGAGAAGCUCGAUGAAGGGAGCAGAGCCCCAUCUGAAACCAUACAAUGUGACAGUGCGGAGGCAGCAUCAUUAGCUUCACCAACCUGUUCCGACCACGAUGCUCCUAUUGAAUUCGCAAGGUUUGGGGACAGCUUGCCUGUUAGGAAAUCUGUGGAUGAAGGUAGUUUGCCAGAGGAUGGAAGUAAGAUUCCUGCACAUGGUGUUAAUGUUCAGCAGGAUGUCUUUGUUUUCGGUGGACAUGCUGGGUAUCGGGAUUUAACUGCCAAUGCAACUCAAACUAGCAUCAGUAAGGUAGAUUCAGCUGAUAAAGAUGGUGUAACAUAUAACUCUGGACAACUUAAUGCUUCAGUUGCUAAAGAUAGCACUUGCACCAAGUUUAUUUUGCAGGAUGCAAAGCAUGCAUUUGGUUCUACUAAUAAGAAUCCUCUACACUCAGAACCUUGUGAAAUUUCUUCUACAGCUAAAUUUGCUUCUAGCUUUGGAUCUGAAGAUGGCGGUGCGAAGGUUUCUUUCAUAAAUGUGUCUUAUGAUAUCAAAGCAGUAGAAGCCUCAGAACUUAAUGAAUGCAGGUCAUUCGGUGAGAAAUCUUUCACUGCUCAAGACCACAAUGUGGCAUCUAAGAACAAAGGAGGAGUUAAGGGUGUGAUAAAAAACAGAAGAACUGUUAUGCCAAAGAAAUUCCCCUCAGCUCACCAGGUUUCUUCCUCGGAAUCAGUACCAAGAAGAAGUGAUAAUUGCUCAGGAAAGGCGUCGCUUGAAGAAAAUGUCAAAUUGAAAGAAGCCAGUAGCUUUGCAUUAUCGGACUCUGGUAUCAACUGUGCCCGAGGCAAUUCUUACAACUCUGCUUCGCAAAUAACAGACAGUAGCCAUGGUGGAACGGAGUUUACUUCUUCAGCAAACAUGGAACAUUCUGGUCAAUCUGAUUUCAUAUUUUCUGCAUCUACUUUUAAUCAGAGUACAUUGCACUUACAAAGACGACAUAGCAAGAAAAAAAGUGGAGGAAUGUGUAAUCAUGCUAACUCUAUUCAAAGCCUUCCUUCAUCUGCCGUUGGACCUGCACGCUCAGAAGUUUCAGCAAGUCAGCAAUGCGCAGAUUCAGCUGCUCGGUGGACUGAAUACAGCAAAAUGGAACCUAACAGGGUAACCACAUGCACAAAAACAGAAAACUUUGAACACCAUGAAGAUUGUGAAACAUGGCGUUUAAGGGGGAAUCAAGCAUAUGCAGAAGGGCAGUUAACUAAGGCUGAGGAAUGCUAUACCCACGGGAUUGAUUCUUUUUCUCCAAACGAAGCUUCUAAAAAAGCAUUAAUGCUGUGCUACAGCAAUCGUGCAGCUACUCGGAUGUCUCUGGGUAAGAUGAGAGAGGCCCUAUCUGAUUGUCGAGAAGCUAUUGGUAUUGAUUCCAGCUUUCUCAAGGCACAAGUCAGAGCUGCCAACUGCUUACUUGCCCUGGGGGAUGUGGAAGAAGCACAAAAGGCUUUUGAGAUGUGUUUGAAGUCUAAUCAUCUGUCAAGCUUGGAUCAUAGAAUUGUAGAAGAGGCUUCUAAUGGUCUACAAAAAGCUCAGAAAAUAUCUGGUUGUAUGCAUCAGUCCAAGGAGUAUCUUAUAAAAAAGGCAUUUGACAAUAUACCCAGCGCCUUACAAAUGAUCUCUGAUGCUUUGUCCAUAAGUAUUUAUUCAGAUAAUUUGAUGGCGAUGAAAGCAGAAGCACUGUUACUGUUGCAGCAAUAUGAAGAAGUAAUCCGGUUUUGUGAAGAGACUCUUUAUGUAGCAGAAAGGAAUAGCCUGUGUUUGUGUCCUGACAAGCAUUCAGAAAGCAAUAACUUGGACACCAAUACUUGCUAUGUGAAGUUGUGGCGUUACCAUCUUAUUGCUAAGUCGUAUUUCUUCCUUGGAAAGCUUGAAGAGGCUCACCAGUUCUUAAAAAAGUAUGACCAAGUAAAAGUCAUGGAAUGCAGGUGUGGAAAGCAAUCUCAGGAAUCAAUUUCAUCAUUCUCCAUGGAAUCAAUUUCAUCAUUCUCUAUGGCAAUAGCUGAGCUACUGCGGCUUAAAGCUGCUGGGAAUGAAGCAUUUCAAUCUGGUAAAUAUUUGGAGGCUGUGGAACAUUAUACCACUGCUUUGCUAAGCAAUAGCGAGUCACUAUGCUUUUUAGCGGUCUGCUUUUGUAACCGUGCAGCAGCAUAUCAAGCAAUGGGUCAAAUUUUAGAUGCAAUUGCAGAUUGCUCACUAGCCAUAGCCGUUGAUGGAGAUUGUGCUAAGGCUAUUUCCAGAAGAUCUAGUUUGUAUGAACUCAUAAGGGACUAUGACCAAGCAGAAAACGAUCUCCAUAGGUUAAUUACUCUUCUUGAUAAACAGCUGCAAGAAAAUAUGUCCAUGCCAUCAGAGAAGACAGAGAGUAUUCGUAGCAAUCUGAAUCGAGCCAAUCUUCGGUUCUCUUCUCUGAAGCGGGAUGCCAGAAAAGGGACCUCAUUAAAUGUGUACUUGAUAUUAGGAAUCGAACCUUCUUCCUCUGCUGUGGAUAUAAAAAAGGCAUACCGCAAAGCAGCAUUAAGGCAUCAUCCAGACAAAGCCGGUAAAUUUCUUGUCAGAAGUGAAAAUAUCAGUGAUGCAGUAUGGAGAGAAAUCACAAAUGAAAUCCGCAGAGAUGCUGAUUAUUUAUUCAAAAUAAUUGGAAAGGCAUAUUCUAUGCUUUCAGACCCUACAAUGAGAAGGGAGUGAUGGAGCCUGGAAGUGGAGUGAUAGUGCAAGCAGCGCAUAUAUGACUGGAGCAACCAAAGCAUUAAAAAAAAAUGAUGAUAGGACCUAUUAGUGAGAACAUUGGAUCAUCAGAUGGCACAGAAAAGGUAUCAUACUGGAGAGGUCCUACUUUUGUGCUCUCACAAAGGACAGGAUGCCACUGUUCUUGUCCAUGCCUAAUCACUAAUGCCAGUUCUGGUGUGCCCUGGGAUUGCACUUUGCAGACCGUACGAGUAUCAUUACCCCCAUGAAGUUCUUGGUGUUCAGGCCUCAUCACUGAUGUCAGCUUUGGUGUUCUCUGAUACUUUGUUGUGCAGAAUACAUGGGUACCAAUACCCGUGCAAAAGCAAGCUUUUGUUUGUAAAGGUGAUGUUCAUAUAUCUGAUCUUGUAUAUAGUGUCUUGGAGCAGUUCGGAAUGGGAUCGACGAGGCUGAAAUACUGUAAAUAGAGGCAUAUGGGUUUUUGUACCCCGCCCCCUUUUGUGGAGUGCGGCAGAAGCAUGCUAGUCUUUUGAAAAUACACCCACUUUUGCGGAGGGUGGCAGAAGCAAAUGGUUUUGCUAUAUGUUGUUCAUAGUUAAUAGUUUUGUAUAGGAAGAGCAGGAUUUGUGCUUUCCUUUUAUUUUGGUCUCCCAUACAACUUUUUUUCUGUAUGUUUUAUGUAAUUCUUUCUAUUUUGGUGAUGGUUGUUCUGAACCAAAGAUAUGGGGUGAUCGAUUCUUUUGUUGUAAGUAACAAAUAAGGUGGCAUGAGUGAAUGGUGUGAUUGGCCGUUGUUGACUCGGUGGUUUGCUAUGCUAUUGUGCUGGGCUUGGAGCUCCAAGUUGUUCA